AUGAAGUCAUUGCGCGCGACGGCAACGACGGUGAGCAGCGACGAGGAGCUGAAAAAUUGGCGGAUAUCACAGAUAUUUGAGAGACAGAGUAACAGCGACGAGAGGAGGCGGUGCUCGUUGUGCGGUAAGGUCGUGACGAACGUCCGCAAUCACUAUUACGUGCAUUUCCCCGGCAAGUACGCCUGUCCGCUCUGCCCGGCGGUGUACACGCGCAGCGACACCCUGCUCACGCACACGCGUUCGAUGUCGAGCGUGCCAGUCGGCCUCUCUUAUCACGAGAUGUUCGCCGUGUCGCUUAACAGCCCGGCGUUGUGGAGAUGCCGCGCCUGCGGGAAGCAGGUGACCAAUCGUUGGCACCACUUCCACAUACACACGGCGCAGCGCUCGCUGUGCCCUUAUUGCCCGGCCACCUACAGCAGGAUCGACACUCUGCGCUCGCACAUACGCACCAAGCACAGGGAGGUACUGUUCGCCGGGAAGGGGUCCUUGUAG